AUGACAAGCCUCCUUACUCGAGAGCUUAUACGAGAAAUUAUGAAAGAAGCACGAAUAAUGCGUGACCUUCAUCACGUCAACGUUGUUGCUAUGAUAGGUGGCGCUCUCGAUGUGUAUUUGAAAAGAAAACAUGCCAAGAUCACCAAGGAGGAAAGAAUAGCAAUGAUGAUAGGGAUUGCAUCUGGAAUGGACUACAUUCACAAAGCAAACAUCAUACACAGGAUCUUGCGGCAAGAAAUUGUCUCUACGAUCGGAGUCAUACGGUAA